AUGACGCCGGCACAGCCGUCUCUGGCAUCCCAGCUCCGGUCCCUGCGAGGUGCUGGGAGAAAGGGGUGCCGAGCCUUCCUUGCCGUGAGUCCUCUGUGGCGUGAGCCACUCUGGUCCCUCUGCCCGUGCCCUCAGGCCGAGCUCAGCACCGUCUUCACACCCGCUGGCGUGCCCACGGUGUAUGCUGCUCAGCUCUUGUUAGCUCUUGCAGGUGGCUUCAAGCUGAUUUCCGAGCUUUGCCUGCAAACCUGCAGCGUCUUAAGCACCACUAUCCAUUGCAAUCUGAAUCCGAAUGGUAUUGAUCACCCUGUCCCCACAGAAGGUAUUAAUCUGCAACUUGAAGGUGAAGGAGUUGAAUCGCCCUCUGUUAAGAACACUAGCACUCCAAAAGGGUCUGAGUCAAAAGAGACACCCAAGAGACAACAAGUGGAGCCAGAAAUAUCUAAGUCCGGGACUGUGAAGCUGACCAAGCCUGUGGCGUUAUGGACCCAGCAGGAUGUCUGCAAAUGGCUGAAGAAACAUUGUCCUAAUCAGUAUCAAAUCUACAGUGAGUCAUUCAAACAGCAUGACAUAACUGGCCGUGCUUUGCUGCGACUUACUGACAAAAAGCUUGAACGAAUGGGCAUUGCCCAGGAAAGCCUGCGACAGCACAUUCUGCAGCAAGUCCUUCAGCUGAAGGUGAGAGAAGAAGUCCGAAACCUCCAGCUGCUUACACAAGCCCCAGCAGAGAGCUCUCCAUAAACAUUUCCAGCCUCUAAAGCUGCUGUCCUGCCAAUUGAUAUGAAAGUGAACUUUCCUUUGUGAAAAAAAAAAAAACAAACCAUAAUAAAUGGCACUGCCAAAAGGUGACCAUGGAAGAUUGAAGACAAACUUGAAGUAAAAUCAGCCCACUGAAGACGAUGCACUCUGGGAAGACCUGGUUUGCUGUGGAGUAAAAAUGUGGUGCAUAAUACCCAGUGCUAAUUUGUUGAAAAUGGUCAUUGACAGACCUUUAGCUGGAAAAUUGCUUCCAGUUUUCAUCACUGUGCAUAACUUUUGAGUUCCCUUUAGGGGACUGUCUAUGCCCUUCACUAGAAGUCCUGUUUUAGCAUGGCAACUACUGGAUUCUUUUACUAUGUAUGCAGAUGGCAUGAUGUUUUAGGAAAAACUUACAGCAAUUCUCCAAUCUCAGUGGAUAUGUUCACAAUAUUACACUCUGAUAGGAAUGUAAACGUCUUGUAUAUGUUAGUUUUGCAGUCUAAUGGUAUUCUGUUAAAUAAUAUCAGCACUUCAUACGUGCUUCCUGCACAGAACUAGCACAGUCCAUAUAUAUAUAAUGGUCUUUUUUUAAAAUACUGAGGACAGGUUUCAGUAUUUGUGCUGAGACUGCAUCCAAACUGAAGUCCACUACUAGCAUACCUUCACCGAUUCACAGUAGAUUGUGUAGAUAGAUUUGCACGUGGCAGAGGUGUGACUUCUUUUAUCGAGACUUAGAGAACAGCUGUCACAGAGGUAGCCAAGAACAGGGUAGGUUGAAUGAGCUGUAGGACGCUGUGUCUGUCUGCUCUCCCUCCCAUCUGACAAAUAUCAAAGGUUCUCGUUUCUAGUGUGCUAAUGUGUUUUCUUACUCAGCGAGGGAGAGGCAAGGGAGAGAGCCUUUCUCAGAGAUGUGUGUGACCCUGGUUUUGGUCUAUGAUAAAACCAGAGUAAACUGGAA